ACUUGGUCUUGUUACCAUCAUGGUCCAUCGAUCUGCUACUCACGCUGGGUCUUGGUACACCUCUUCCCCCAACAAGCUCAGGAAUGAGAUCGACACAUGGCUCGAAGCUGCCCAUCCUAAGGCUGAGACGACAGAGGAGACGCAAGACUGGCGAAAGGUCGCGAUGCCAGUGCCGAUCAGUAACUGUAAGGCGGUCAUCGCGCCGCAUGCAGGAUACUCGUAUUCUGGUUCGACUGCCGCUUGGGCUUAUAAGACCAUCGAUCCUUCUGUGAUUAAACGUGUCUUCAUCCUUGGUCCAUCUCAUCAUGUUUACCUUGAUGGAUGCGCACUGUCUGGAUGCGAGGCAUACGAGACUCCUCUAGGUGAUCUUGAGAUUGACGUACAAGUUACCUCUGAAUUGGUGCAAUCCGGCCUUUUCGAAGAGAUGGACAUCGAAACUGACGAGGCCGAACAUAGUAUCGAACUUCACCUUCCUUACGUGCGACACAUUUUCAAGGAUCAGACCAUCACCAUUGUCCCUAUACUUAUAGGAUCGAUAUCUUCUGAGAAAGAACUUAUUUAUGGCGAAGUAUUGCGACCCUAUCUCCUUUCACCGGAAAACCUUUUUGUCAUCUCAUCUGACUUUUGUCACUGGGGCUCGCGUUUUUCGUACACUUAUUAUAAAGACCCGACUCAAGAAAAUGAACCGGCUCGCAAAUUGAGUUCGAGUGCAUCUCCUCCAGCAACGCCAAUUUACCAAUCAAUCGAGGCAUUAGACCGGGAAGCGCUUAACAUACUUGAAAGUCUGUCUCAUUCGGAAUUCAGCCGUUACCUUUCUCAAACUAAGAACACUAUAUGUGGUCGACACCCAAUUGGUGUUCUCUUGGGAGCACUUCAAACCAUCACUGAGCCAGCUAAGUUGAAAUUCACUUGUUAUGCUCAAUCCAGUCAAUGCGUCUCAGCUCGUGAUAGUAGUGUGAGUUAUGCUUCUGCAUUUGUAAGUCUUGGAUCAUCUUAGACUGGUGUAGCUUGUGAUAUAUCCUUUUGAUACAUAUUGUAAGAUGUAAUUGUAAGCUUGGUUCCGUUUGAAAGAAAUAUUGAACCUUUUACAGUCUAACAGUGGCC